GGGUAGGGGGGCGUGGCUUGCUUUUGUCCCCUCCCCUUGCGACGUCGGUAGGCGACGUGAGGGAAAGGAGAAGCAGAGAGAGGGAGGAGGCGGUCGUUCGGUCGUUCGGGGGCGGCGGCUCCCUUCACGCGGAAUGUGAGGCUCUGAAGUAAACCCCCGUCUCCAACGCAGUGGCGGCCUCGGGCUUCCCAGUGCGGGGCCGGGCGCUGACUGACUCGACUGGCUGCGCGUGAGGCGGCUCCACGCUCCCGAAGGCGAAGCCGAAGGCGGGGCGGCUCCUUGGGCGGCGACGGCGAGGCUGAGUCGACUUUCUCCCUCCGGACCUCGAGGCACGCUCCUUCUCGCCCGCCAUGAAGAAGUUUUCCCGCAUGCCCAAGUCCGACGGUACCGGAGGGAGCAACAGCAGCGGAGGAGGAGGCAGCGGCGGAGGGACGUUGGCGGCGGGGGUGGGGACCGUGGUGGGAGCAGGGCCGGCCGUGGGCAGCAGCAGGUUCUUCGCCGUCGGACGUUUCCAGGUCACUGUGGAGGAACUGCUGGCGGAAGGUGGCUUUUCCACAGUGCUUCUUGUGCGUACACAUGGUGGAGUCCGGUGUGCAUUGAAACGAAUGUAUGUUAAUAAUGUGCCUGACCUCAAUGUCUGCAAAAGAGAAAUAACAAUAAUGAAAGAACUGUCUGGGCACAAGAACAUUGUAGGGUAUUUGGACUGUGCUGUCAAUUCUGUUAAUGAUAAUGUGUGGGAGGUGCUCAUAUUAAUGGAAUACUGUCGUGCGGGACAGGUAGUGAAUCAGAUGAACCAGAGACUGCAGACAGGCUUUACUGAGCCAGAAGUGUUAAGGAUAUUUUGUGAUGCCUGUGAAGCUGUUGCUAGGCUGCAUCAGUGCAAAACUCCUAUUGUUCACAGAGAUUUGAAGGUUGAGAAUCUUUUGUUGAAUGAUAGUGGAAACUAUGUUCUUUGUGAUUUUGGAAGUGCCACUAAUAAAUUCCUUAAUCCUCAGAAAGAUGGAGUCAGUGUAGUUGAAGAAGAAAUUAAAAAGUAUACUACAUUGUCAUACAGAGCUCCUGAAAUGAUCAACCUUUAUGGAGGAAAACCAAUUACUACCAAGGCAGAUAUCUGGGCCCUUGGCUGUUUGCUAUAUAAGCUUUGUUUCUUCACACUUCCCUUUGGUGAGAGUCAGGUUGCCAUUUGUGAUGGAAGCUUUACCAUCCCAGACAAUUCACGUUACUCCUAUGGUAUACAUUGUUUGAUAAGAUACAUGCUUGAACCAGAUCAAGAACGAAGACCUGAUAUCUUUCAAGUAUCUUAUUUUGCCUUUAAACUUGCCAAAAAGGACUGUCCAUUAUCAAACAUUAAUAACUCUCCUCUUCCUUCAACACUUCCUGAGCCCUUGACUGCUAGUGAGGCAGCUGCUAAGAAAAGCCAAAUAAAAGCUAGAAUAACAGAUUCCAUUGGACCAACAGAAACCUCAAUAGCACCACGACAAAGACCAAAGGCCAAUACAAGUGCUGCCACUUCUAGUGUGUUAGCAAUCCAGAGCUCAGCAACACCAGUCAAAGUGCCAGUUCCUGGUGAUCUUAACAAUGGGCAAAAAGGAGCCUCAAAACCUGGAAGUAGUCAUGAGAGCAUGUUGUCCCAGGGAACUAAUCCAAACCCACAGCAGAACAGAGUACUACAACAACUACAGCAAGGAGACUGGAGAUUACAGCAGUUGCAUUUACAUCACCAGCAGCAACAGCAAUUCCCUCAGGAUGCAUAUGUGCAGCAGUAUCAACAAACAAUGCAGCAACACAUGAUUCAACAGCAGCUUUUGAUGCGUUCUAUGUACCAGCAGCAGCCUUCCUCAUACCCCUAUCCUGCCAUGAUGCAGCAGUACCAACAAGCUCUUCUACAGCAACAGGUCCUUGCAAAGCAGUUGCCACCACCCAAACAUUCUCCUGAAUUUCUUGCCUCUCCGCAGGAGUUCCCACCAGCCUUAAUCUCUCAUUCUAAGUCCUUUCCAGCUCAUGUUGGUGCAGCUCUGGACACCCAUUAUUCUACAAAUAGGGCCUCUGAUGCAGAGUCUGUUUCCAGUUAUCCAAAACAGAACAUGAGUAACCCACCUGACAUGUCUGGCUGGAAUCCAUUUGGAGAAGACAAUUUCUCCAAGCUAACAGAGGAGGAGCUGUUGGACAGGGAGUUUGACCUCCUGAGAUCAAAUAGGCUCGUGGAGAGGAGAACAUCCUCAGAUAAGAAUGUGGAGACACAUUCUGCUCCACAGAACCAUCCUCCAGAAGAUCCCUUUGGUUCUGUACCUUUCAUUUCUCACUCAGGUUCUCCAAGAAAUGACAUUAAUAAUGCAGCCAGCAAUCUAGAAAACAAAAUAGGGAGUCCAACCAAAAAUGAGAGGUCAAGCCAGGUUGCUGAACACCAUGAACCUGGGAAGAAGUUGACAGAAAGGCAUACAAAAAAAGGAAGUGACGAAUCUGAAAGUGACUUUGAAUCAGACCCUCCCUCUCCAAAGAGUAGUGAGGAAGAGGAGGAACAAGAGGAUGAAGAGGUUUUGCAAGGUGAGCAUGGAGAUUUCAUUGAUGACAAUGACACUGAACCGGAAAACUUUGGCCAGCACCCUCUUCUCAUGGAUUCUGAGGAAGAUGCAGAAGAUGAUGAUAAGCAAAGUUCUGAUUCUGAUUCUGGGCAUGUUAGGCCUAUAGAGGAAGUGCCUAGUAGUAGAUACAGAGAAGGAGGUGGAAGCGUUGAGACCAAGGAGCCUGUUUUACAGUGUUUGUUGUCUGAGUUGCCAGGUACAAUGACCAAGGUGAGCUCCAAUCAAGAGUUUGAUGUCUUUGGAGCAGUUCCAUUCUUUCCUCUUCAGACUCCAGAGCCUAAACAAAAGGAUGGCAAAGAUUUCUCUCCCCAGGCUGCUUUUCCAGGCUCAGAGCAAGAUCAGGAUGAAUUUGAUGUCUUCACCAAAGCCCCAUUCAGCAGAAAAAUAUCUCAGCAAGAUGAUUUGAUUUCAGGUUCAGAAAAUCAACCUUCUCCUAUAUCACCCAAAACUGUGGAUGUUUUUGGAUGUAUUCCGUUUCACCCUCUCUCUGUUCCAAAGAAUAGUGAGAGCAAAGAGGAUCUCUUUGGGCUUAUCCCAUUUGAGGAGAUAGCAGGGAGUCAGCAGCAGCAAAAAGUAAAACAGCAGCAACGGAAUCUGCAAAAACUCUCUUCUCGCCAGAGACGCAUGAAACAGGAAGGAUCUAAGACCAACGGAAAGCGCCAUCAUGGUACUCCAACUAGCACCAAGAAGACUUUGAAGCCUAGUUAUCGUACACCUGAAAGAGUUCGAAGGCACAAAAGGGCUGGUCGUCGGGAUUCCCAGAGCAGCAAUGAGUUCUUGACUAUCUCUGAUUCCAAGGAAAACAUAAGUAUUGCCCUGCCAGAUAACAAAGACAGAGUCAGUUCUCUGCAAACAGAUGAUGCCCUUCUGGAUCCUUUUGGAGCCAAGCCUUUCCACCCCACAGAAUUGAUGCGUCACCCUCAGCAUCAAGGAUUGGUCGAUAACCGUGGGGACCACAACACAGUACUUCCAGUCAGACCUAGACAGGGUUCACUGCUUGGCAGUAUUCAGUCUAGUGAUGGGCUAAAACUAACAGAUGAUUUUGGGGCAGUUCCUUUUACAGAACUUGUGCCUAGUAUGGCAUCACAACAAAGCCAGCAACAAGUAGUAGAAUUAGAUCCAUUUGGAGCUGCUCCAUUUCCCUCUAAACAGUAGCUGCUUCCAGCGGUAUCUCGAAUUGCUUAAUUUGGAUUAUAUACACCACCACAAUUUCCAUUUGGUUAAACUGAGAGGAAAUUAUUUUUUUAAAGUACAGUGUAACUCAUUUUAAGUAGUGACUACAGUCUCAGAUUUUAAAAUGGCAUGUUAAGUGUACAAUAUUGCUAUGGUGAAGCGCGAAAGUGUUCAUUAAGAACAGAUUAAAAAAAAAGAAAUUAGAAGCUAGUUAUUAUGGCUACUGCCUGUUCAUCCACAACCAUUAUGUCCUUCCUGUGGUUCAGUUACACUAUUACAGAUAGAUUGAAAGAUCUGACUUGCGUACUGUAUGUGGUCUGAUGGGACAGGACCGAUCAAUACAACUUGAAAAAAUGCCUAAAUACAAAGCCAGGUUAAUUUGGAGCUGCUUCACUUUGCUUAUUCCCUCUUAAACAUCUUGGAGCAUCAGAGUUUGCUGGCUUGUGAUUGAUCCUGAAACACGUAUGAAGAAACCCAGACCUUUAUAUGUACUGUAUAUAUGCUAGAACUCUGCUUUUUUCCAGUAAGUGCCAUUAACCUAAAACAGGGAUAGCUGUAACGCUUAAGAUUUCAAGAACUUGGUAGAGUGCAGUAUAAGAACAGUUUGGGAAUGUUAAGAAGAAAUUACUGAGACAGCUGGAUUUACACAGUCCAUUUCAGAAGAGAGCCUUGUUUAUUUACAUAUUGUGUCUGAGAAGAUGGAGCAAAGAGAAGCCAGAAAACUUGUAGCAAGUUCAGACCUGUGAAGAUCUGUGAUUUUUACCCACUGUCUAGUUCAUUUAACUGGGCUUUUGUACUACAGAUAAACUGUGUAUACUCUAAAGGUGUUUUAUAACCCCCCCUCCAAAAUUGCUUUCACUUAAUAUUUUUGAAAGCAUUUUCUCAUAAUGUUAUACAGUACUUCUAAGAGUUCAUGUAAAAUAUCUUGAGCUCUAAAAACAUACUUUUAACUUGAAUUCAGGCAGUUCCAGUAAAGAGGUAUAAAACCAGAAGCUUUUUAAAAAAGUAAUGCUGAGUUGAGCGUGCUACCAGUAAACUGCAUAGAAAUCACCAAUGCCUUACAACUGGGAUCACCAUGUCCUGUUAUAAACUUACCUCUGAGCCAUUUGGUGCUCUUGAGACACUGUUUAAAAAAGUACAGAAGUUAGGUGAAUACAUAAAACAUCUCUGAAUUUUCAGCUUGGAAGAAGGUAUUUUUAAUGACCUUGGCUGUUUGUGGCCCAUUCUGGAUCAACUAUGGCCAUGCCAGAUAGCAAGCUGAGUUUUGGGGAGCUUUGGUAGAAUAUCUUCCACAUACUCUUUGAGCCUGGGCCAACUUGAUCUUGUCAAAUGAGAGAUCAGCAUGGUAAUCAACUGUAUCCAAAUUAUACAGUAGUCUGUGACUAGGGAUCUGGAGAAUGCUGCAUGGAGAGGAGUAUAGUGUGUCUGCGCAUGUGUGUUCAACUUAGCAGCAGCAACAAAACACCAAGUAAUUUGUGAUAAGGUGUGAACUAAUUUUAUGUAACAGCCUGGGUCCAGCUGUGUAUUUUAGAGAAUCCUUCUGCUAGUCAGCACUCUUCCUUUUCCCUAGUCUCCAUAAACCCUAAAAACUGCUUCAGAGAGCUAGAAAAACCCCUGGAGCAGGUUUUUGGUAUCAUGGAGGGUUGCAGUAGGUGGGAAAGUUCAUUUGAUAGCAUUGGAUAAGGCAGCAGACCAUGUUAUCUUUGCAAAUUCCAAACAUCUCUCUGCGUUCAUGGAUACUUGACAUCUCUGGAUUCUGGGACUUGCACAGCCAUUGUUUAUUCAUGUGGACCUGAGUAGAAGCACUUUGAUAUAUUAAUAUACAAGGUACACAGAUUGGUCUCUGGAUGUAUCUAGGUAUUGAUAAUGACUUGAAUAUGAACUUAUGAUGAGAUGGGAGGAAAGGUACCUAAGGGUCCAUACAGACAGGCUAAAAUAAAGCUGCUUCAGGUCACUUUGGAGGUAUGCUGUUUAAAUGCUGCAUGU